AUGGUCCAGUAUAUUUCCGACGUCAGCAACGCCAGAGACGAUAUCCUCAGCUUGAUCGGGGAUAUUGAAGCAACAUCGCGACAAUUGGCUGAUCUCCAGCAGUUGAUCACAAGGAAUGAGACGACCAAGGCGUGGAAUGAGAAUGGCCUGCGCAACGCCCAGAAGUGCGUUACAGACUGCGAAAAGACUAUUGCCAAACUACGCAAACUGUUGAGGAAGUCAAGUAUCAGCAACAGCAACAGCGAACCUGUUGGCGAGGUAAAUCGUGACGAGAUCGAUAUUACCAAGUUCCAACAGGCCAUGUGGCCUUGGUACAAGCCGCAGCUGGAAGUUUAUCGACGAGAAUUACAGGGUGCCAAGCAGGAUAUUCUCAUUGCUUAUUCUACAUAUAUGAUUAAGACCGGAACCUCUGCAGAACGCGAGAAGUACAAGGGCGAUCUUCCUCAGCUUCAUCGCGCUCGCGAAUUGAUCCGAGGACAACUCCGCGAAGCUAAAGCACGUCGGGUGAGACGCGAGCAAGAACUUCGAAAUAGGUCUGUAUCAAUGAACGAACCCCGAAGGCGUACGAGGUUCCGGGAGCCUUCCAGAGAUACAUACUAUGACGACGGGGUUUAUCCUCUACCUGAUGGCCAAUCGGACGUAGAUAUCGCAGAUGUCGAGAAUCUUGAGGACUUGUUUGAACAAUGGCAAGAUGCGAAAGAAGAAGAGAUUAAAAUACAAGAGGAAAAGAGGAAAGAAAUUGAGAACAAGGCAGUGGAAAAGUUUAAGACACAGCAAUUACUUGCACUGGAAGCCCGCCGUCAGCAGGUGAAGGAGGCGCGGGCCAACCUACUCGCUGAAUUGACCAAAGCACAAAUGCCGCCCCAGCGAGCCAACGAGGUUGUGAACAAUAUCCAUCCACUUGAUACUAUCGACAAGGAAGUGCAGAUAUUCAGGGAAACGCCCACUGAAGAGCGAGCAGUAAACAAGAAGCCCGCUGCAAGUGUGAUGACUGAGGGAGGACAGUCAGUGCCAUCGCGUCGUUGGACAUUCUGGCGGAGAAGGUUCGUAACCAUUGCUGAAGAAAAGCUGGAUAGAGCUGACGUUAAGAACCACAGUUCGGGCCAUGAGCGAUCCUUCUCAGCCGCAAGCAGCACCCUGAGGCACGAACUUCAGAAGGAGGACAUUCCUCCGCUUCUACAGGAUCCGACGUCGGAAGGGGGGAUUGCUCCUCUGGAGGCUUACUUCUUCCAACGAACCAACAAGUAUUAUGUGCCAAGAGUGGAAAUCAUCAAUUUUGAGGUUCCCAACCAAUGGCUUCUGCUAUCCGUCAUCAAGAAGCAGGACGACCUCGUAAAGAAACCCACAAAAACCCAUUCUGUGUGGCGGGAGUUUUCUUUUUUACCAGCCGAUUACCGCGAGCAGAUUGCCGAACAUCUCCAUUCAAUAAACACGCCGCUCGAGUCGUCAAAGUGGGUACUUCUUCAUGUCGAGCCACUGUGGGAGGAACGCCGUCGGAGUAUAUUUCAUCGACGAGCAAAGAGUGUGGAUAUCUCCGGAGUCUAUGUAGUUUUCAAACGGAACAGACAUCCAGGAGACGUACGACACGGCAUUCUGAGAGAGGAUGAUCAUGGCCUACCGCACAAGGAUAGGAUAUCUUUUGUAGACCCACCUACACGCCGUCGUACAAGGUCUUACACCAACACGAGGGAACCCAUCCUAUCGAGAGCUCGGGGGUCAUCAUAUCUCCGGUCUCGAGAUCCAACCUCAAAAUAUGAAGAGGAAGAUGAUGCAAUCGUCCGUCCAAAGUCACCGUCGCGAUCUCAAUAUAUACGGCGCUCGCGGCGCGACUACGACGACGAUAGAACUAUCGAGAUAAUCGACAAUGCCAGAGAACAAUAUACAAACACAUAUACGGAGGUUGAACCAUAUGAAGAAAUCGUUAUACCCGACCGCCGUGACUAUCGACGAAGAUCUAUAUCACGGAGAGGAAUCCAGGGAGGAGAAGAUCGUAUCCCUUUGACCAUUCGUAGAUCAGAAUCCGUGAAACUAAUCAAAGCCUUUAAUCUAGACGAAUCUCGAGAACGCUACCCUCGGGUAUCUAGCAGGCGUCGUUAUAGUCCCCUCCGUCGACAGCAACUGCUCCAGCGGAAUGAACCUCCAAGCGAUAUUGCUGAGACCCUGAGGGAGAUUUCAGACUCAUCGUCAAGCAGCCUUUCCGAUGACGAUGAAGGAGAUCUCGGACCCCUGACUCUACUAGGUGAAACGGAGGAACAACUGCAACAGAAGAUUCUCAACAAAUAUGUUGACUUGGGGGAACCGAAGGCUGCUGACGAUGCUCCUCAGCCGGCCAAUGAAGAUCACGAUGAUACGCUUUUAGCCUCACCUGAAAGCAAUGGUUCAGCUAAGAAGGAGAGCAAAACUAAUGAAGGAGCCAAGUAUCCAUCCUCUUCUGCAGUGCGUUAUACAGUCAAAGCGGAGAGCGUUGUGGACGAAGGUGACAUGCUUUUAUCUUCUUCCGCAGGUCACCAUACAGGUAUGGUGGAGGAAGCGCUCGAUAGAGAGGACGAGAGUUCGUCCUUCUAUGCAUCCUUUAGCACACCUGUUAUGGAGACCACGACUAAUGAAAAUAAGCCUAACUCACGGGCUUAA